GCCCGGGACUCUCCCCUUUCUGUAGGCGGUGCUUGUUUCCCGCCUUGCUGUCGGAGCUACCAGGGAGCUGGUCUCUCCUCGCGGGUGCAUCAUGCUGACAACCAAGUUAUUCACCCUGGUGCUGGUGGUGCAGCCAGAGCGAGUCCUGCUGGGCAUGAAGAAACGUGGCUUUGGGGCUGGACUCUGGAACGGAUUUGGAGGGAAGGUGCAACCAGGCGAAACCAUUGAGCAUGCGGCUAGAAGAGAACUGCAGGAAGAGAGCGGACUGACGGUGGACACUUUGCAAAAAAUGGGCCAGAUCACUUUCGAGUUUGUGGGCAACUCCGAGUUGAUGGAAGUCCAUAUCUUCCGCGCUGACAGUUUUCAUGGAGAUCCCACGGAAAGCGAAGAAAUGCGCCCUCAGUGGUUUGAGCUAGACCAAAUGCCCUACAAGAACAUGUGGCCCGAUGAUAUCUACUGGUUUCCUCUCCUUCUCCAGAAGAAGUUGUUCCUUGGCUAUUUUAAGUUCCAGGGGCAGGACACUAUCUUGGAGCACACCCUGAAAGAAGUGGAGAAGCUGUAAGAAGAGGCAAAGUGCGGCCGGAGCCCUCUUGACUUAGGUGUAUAUCGUUGCCCAUAUUGGGCAAGAGGCAAGCAUUUGACAUCAUCAGCUCCACAGCCAAGGAAACAACUCUUUUAAGAAGUGGAUGCCUGGCAGACAAAAGGAGGCAUCUGCUGUCUUGUAGAAUUAAGGACAAUACUUCUUACACAUAUUCGGGUCCCUAACUGUGACGCUACCAGCUAUUCCUUCUCAGCUGGGCUUUUCAUGGUAGUAACGGUUCUGUUUUAGCACGUGCCCCAGAGUUUUAGCUUUGUCCCAAAAGCCAGGUGAGCCCCUUUCUCAACUUACCUGAACAGGUGUUUUUUUCUGUAUAGUGUUCUUACAAGAAGACUGGCUCCUAAAGACUCAAGUUGCCUGUAUAUUAGUUAGGGUGACCCUAUGAAAAGGAGGACAGGGCUCCUAUAUCUUUAACAGUUGUAUAGAAAAGGGAAUUUCAGCAAGUGUCAUUUGUAUAUAUGGGGAACCUGGUGAAAUUUCCUCUUCAUCACAACAGUUAAAGCUGCAGGUGCCCUGCCCUCUUUUGCAUCUGGUCACUCUAGUAUAGCUCCUGCA